AUGCCAGGGGUAACCCCUAUGCCAAACAAUAUUAAACAUCAAGCCAAAAAGCAAUUUACACGUACUGAUCAUGGUCUUAUUCAUGUUCAUAGCGGUGGUAAAGUUUAUACAGGAUUUAUUUUUCAAACAGGAACAUUGAAAGAGUUGGAAAAAGUAGCAAAAACAAUGUCAAAACCACUAAAUUUUGAAAUUGACAGUGAUUACGAACCCAAUGAUAUAUCUUGUACAGAUCACCAUACUCCUCCAUCCUCUCAUCAAACCAUAAUACUUAAGGAACCAAGUGUACCUUCUCCAAGCCUUAAACGUCGAUUAGAAAGAACUAAAACAACAACUCUGAUUGAGUCAACAACAAAGAAAUCUCCAAGACAACCUGAAGCAAUAACUAUUCCAAAACUACAAGGAAUUCCAUUAUUAGAUAAUAUAUUGAAUGUCGCAAAUACAUCAUUACAUAGUGACGAUGACGAUGAUGAUAACGGCAACAACAAUUUUCUCUAUCGGGAAGAACGACGAACUUUAGGUGAUCAUCAACAACGCAUAGACAAACAUUCAUCUUAUCUUACAAAUUCUUUACCAUUUCCAUCAACAUCCGCAAGUAAUGACAAUGGACAAGAUGGAUUAUUACUCUUACAACAACUUUCAUCUGAAAUAAAGAAAAUGGCAGCCACACAAACUAAGUCUUUAUCGUCUAUAUUAAAAUUAGAAAAAAUGAUGUGUGGAUUAUCGAACAAUCAAGUUAAAAUUCAAAAAGCAUUUAGUAAAAAAAAAAUUUACAUACCAUUGGAAGUUAUCUCGCAAGGAAAAGAUGAUAAAGAAUAUGAAAGUAAAACAGAUUUUAAAAGCAAAAUUAUACUCGAAGUAAGUGAUCAAACACAAAUUGAUUUGUUACACAUCCCAGCAACACUAGAGAAAGCCAAUUUAUAUGUAACUGGUCUUGUUGAUUUAAUAUUUGAUCGGCAAGAACUAGUUGAUAUGCGUACAGAAGAUGUUCCAAAAAGUUUAGGUUAUAAAACAAUCGAAGAUUGUGUUCGUUCUAAAUUCAAAUUAGACAAAGAAACAUUUUAUUCUUUAUGGCCGGAAUUACACGAGAAAAUUUUGGCUAAAAGACGUCAUAUUAAAUCUGCAUUGAAAAAAGUAAAAGAGACAGAAAAACAAGAAUCAUCCUCAUUAAAAUCAUUAGAAAAUGAACAAUUUGAUACAUUAGAAACAAAUAUAACUAGCUAA